ACGUGACGGUAUCACGUGGCAUAGGUCUCGUGAAGUGUUGUUGCUUUUUGACAACCGAGGCAGCAGUGUUCAGUCAUGACGGAGUUCUGGUUGAUCUCGGCUCCUGGAGAGAAAACCUGCCAGCAGACGUGGGACAAGCUGAUGGUGGCCACCACUCGCACCAACAACCUGUCCACUAACAACAAGUUCAACAUCCCGGACCUCAAGGUCGGGACGUUAGAUGUUUUAGUCGGACUCUCCGACGAGCUGGCCAAGUUGGACUCUUUUGUGGAGAGUGUGGUGAAGAAGGUAGCGCAGUACAUGGCCGACGUCCUCGAGGACAGCCGGGAUAAAGUUCAAGAGAACCUGCUGGCAAACGGAGUGGAUCUGAUCACCUACAUCACAAGGUUCCAGUGGGACAUGGCGAAAUACCCCAUAAAGCAAUCUUUAAAGAACAUUUCAGAAAUCAUAUCUAAGCAAAUCACACAGAUUGAUAACGAUUUAAAGGCUCGAGCUUCAGCCUACAACAACCUGAAGGGAAACCUGCAGAACCUGGAGAGGAAGAACGCAGGGAGCCUGCUGACCCGCAGCCUGGCCGAUAUCGUAAAGAAAGAGGACUUUGUGCUCGACUCAGAGUACCUCAUCACUCUGUUGGUGGUGGUACCAAAGAUAAAUUACGCAGACUGGCAGAAGACGUACGAGACCCUGGCGGAAAUGGUGGUGCCGCGGUCCACACAUUUGCUGUUUGAGGAUCAGGACAGCGGGCUGUUCAGCGUCACACUGUUCCGCAAAGCCAUCGACGACUUCAGGCACAAAGCCAGAGAGAACAAAUUCGUAGUACGAGAUUUCCAGUACAACGAGGAGGAAAUGAAGGCAGAUAAAGAGGAGAUGACAAGGCUCUCUACCGAUAAGAAGAAGCAGUUUGGUCCUCUGGUGCGAUGGCUGAAAGUGAACUUCAGUGAAGCCUUCAUCGCGUGGAUCCACAUCAAGGCUCUGAGGGUGUUUGUUGAGUCUGUGUUAAGGUACGGCUUACCUGUGAAUUUCCAGGCCAUGCUGCUGCAGCCGAAUAAGAAGAACAUGAAGAGGCUGAGGGAAGUGCUGUAUGAGCUCUAUAAGCAUUUGGACAGCAGUGCUGCUGCGAUUAUUGAUCAAUCUACAAUGGACAUUCCCGGGCUGAAUCUGAGCCAGCAGGAGUAUUACCCCUACGUCUACUACAAAAUCGACUGCAACAUGCUCGACUUCAAAUAAUCCACAAAAAUAAUCCAGCACUGUGCGUCAGCACAUCCCACAGCUCUGUUGUUCAUUCCUAGUGAAGAAGUGUGAGAUGAUGUUUCAUUGAGUUGCUAUAUUUAUCCUUCCACCCCUCCCUCCCUCUCUCUCUCUCUCCCUCCCUCUCUCUCUCUCUCUCUCUCUCUCUCUCGUGUUCAUUCCUGUUCUGAGAUCCUCUUUGCUCAGUUGCUCACUCCGGAGUGUGUGACCACCUUCCCCAUCGUGUUUACAGGAUUUUUUUUUUAAACUAAUAUCUCUCUGUAUUUAUAAGUGAAUGGAUCAGAUCUGUAUCUAUAUAUUAAAAAAUAAGCAAUUGUGUGUUUUAAUAUGAUUCCAUUGUAGGUUAGUGCUUUGUGUUUUGUUCCUUUUCAGAGUCACUAAUGGAUAUUUUGUUGUGUGAGGACGCUGGUGUCUUUACCGUCUCUGUAGCAGUAGUUCCACACUGAGGAAUGAACUGUGUUACAAAUGAUACAAUACUGGACAGUGUGUUGUGUACAAGUAUAUGUGAAAUAUCUUGUGUUCUAGCCCUUGCAUUUGUGCGUUAAUUUUAAACUCGUUAGCACUUUGAACACCACUUUACCAGCAGACUGGAAUAGAAUUGUAUUUAGUGUUAAAAUACCCAACAAACGCAUGGAUUUUUAUUUUAUUUUAAAUCUAAUGAAAAAAAGAAGUGACCAAGUCCAGUUUGGGUUAACUGUUGGCCACGUGUUGAUUAAUUUCCUAUAACAGCAUGGUUCUGGCAAUAAUGCAAAUUGUAAAGUUUAUAUUAACAUGUUGGUUCUGAUAUGGUAUCGUUGCUAUAGUAACAGCUCAUUUACAAGGACUUGUAUGUUGGUACUCCUUAUAAGCCUAAUAAUGAACAGAUUAAACUAUUUAACAAGGAAAA